UCCACAGGUAUGGUUGCUCUUCUCUUUUUCUUAUCGCUACUGCCUUUGCAAUCGGCCGCCAUCCAGGGACUUAUAGGAGUCAGGAUCUCCCAGGCACAGUUUUUUGAGUUGGCGUGGGAGUAAAGGCUUAGGUGGGAGGCUGGUGAUGAACAAUUUCUCGGCUUUUAGCUUCAGACACCUCUCGAUUCCCUAUCUCCCCUCCGGAGCAGUAGGUGACCCGAGCUCACCACCCGUGGCUUUGCCGCCUGCGCAGUCGCAGUCCAGCGAAUACUGCGAAGGGGAGCUCGGAGACGAACGAGUUGUUGUUUGGCUGGUGGACUCUGAAAUCGCUGCACGUUCUCAUAAUUACGCUCUCGUGUUAACCCCGAUCGGGUAGCUGUUCUCCAGGCUUUGGCGAGGGGCGGGGGUUGUCCUGCGGGACGACCAGCAUCUUCUGAUCCUUUCAAAAUCGAGGUUUUUUUUCCCAAAGCCAGUGUUUUAAUAGGGAGUUUUCUGUCUUGAUUUUGUAGAAGGAAACGGCUAAUUGGGUCACUAUUGCAUUAGCUUUCCAUGUCGGUUUUGGUGUCUGACAGUUCCCAGUGUAAUGUUAGUAAGGAGCUUGUAACAACAGAUGCAGGCUGUUUUUUUUUUAAGUAACAUGCUGUGAAGAAAGGUGACAAGAUUUGACAUAAACUAGGUUGAUUAAAGUCUUGCUUAUGUUUUGGGUAGUUCACUGGAAAAUGAGUCGCUCAUGUGUACCUAUGUAACCGAUUUGCUAAACAUCAUCAUUCAGUAUUAUUUCUAGUUGAUAAAGAAAAACAAAACAGAUGUCAUAAUUCAGAGACACUUGGGCCAAUACCAGAAUUAGUAUUAAAUGGCACUUAACUUGACCCAGAUGUCUCUUUGGGGCAAAACACUGAACCCUGAGUAGCUAUUGCGGUGGGCAGAACUCCUGUUGUCGUUUAAUCCUAGUGACAUUUGUGUCUGUUAGCCCGUGGACUUUGUGGUCCCCGAAAAUGGCAUGCUUUUCCUUUAAUUCCAGGAUUUUUAAGAUUUGCACUUUUCUGGACACUGUUCCAAACAGAAUCAGACUCUUGGAGGGGAAGGCCUAAUAAAAGUAUGGCUAUCCCUCAGUAUCUUGGAGGAUUGUUCCAAGGCCCCUGAGUAGGUCAAAAUCUAUUAAUGCUCAGGUCUUUUAUCUAAAGUCCUCCCAUACACUUUAUUUUGUGUUUUUUGUUCUCUCUUUAAAUCAUUUCUAGAUUACAUAUUACACGUAAUACAAUGUAAGUGGCUAUGUAAAUAGUCGUGAGCACAUGACAAAUUCAAGUUUUGCUUUUUGGAAGUUCUGAAAUUUUUUUCCCUGAAUGUUUUUGAUCCAUGGUUGGUUUAAUUUGCAGAUAGAGAACCUGCAGGUAGGGAGAGCCAAUUGUAGUUGUAAAGUAUGAAAUCCUGCUUGUAAGAUAAGUUAAUGUAAGAGCAUAUGUGAACAGUGUGUAAACUCUGUGGUUCUGCUUUGUCUAAGAUUUGAAUUUUUUCUACAGUGCAAUUUUAUUCUCGAUUUAGGUAUUCACAAUGGUCCAGCGAUUGACGUACCGUCGUAGGCUAUCCUACAACACAGCCUCUAACAAAACCAGGCUGUCCCGAACCCCUGGUAAUAGAAUCGUUUACCUUUAUACCAAGAAGGUUGGGAAAGCACCAAAAUCUGCAUGUGGCGUGUGCCCAGGCCGACUUCGAGGAGUCCGUGCUGUGAGACCUAAAGUUCUCAUGAGAUUGUCUAAAACGAAAAAACAUGUCAGCCGGGCCUAUGGUGGUUCCAUGUGUGCUAAAUGUGUCCGUGACAGGAUCAAGCGUGCUUUUCUUAUCGAGGAGCAGAAAAUUGUUGUGAAAGUGUUGAAAGCACAAGCACAGAGUCAGAAAGCUAAAUAAAAAAAUGAAGCUUUUUUGAGUAAUAAAAAAAUCAAAAGCCU